CAAGGAAUGUCUUUAGUUGUCUUUAUUAAAGAAUGUUCUCAUCUUUCCACCUUUUAGAUGCUAAAAUUGAAACCCUAAUUAAUUACGUGAACCAACAUUGCAACAGAAAACCUGUUGUGAUAGAUAAUCUAGCAAUUGCUUUGCUUGAUGAGUUAACCCUAUGAAUCUUAACCUGCACUCAAAGAACAAACAAGGGACAUCAAACUUAAUAAUAUCAUCGAAACCCCUUUUUACUCCCAAAUCUGAAGAAUUUCCAUUUCUCUUUCCCAGGCAUGUCUCUUCAAGAUCAGCCACAGCAACCAGUCCAAGUUUACCCUACAAAUCAGCCACCCUCAUCAUCAUCUCACCACUCAAAUGGGUCUUUUGGAGCAGUUUUCAUUGUCCUUGCCAUAAUUCUAGUAAUUUCUGUGGUUGCUUGUGUUCUUGGUCGCCUUUGCAACAAGCGCUACAAUAGGCACAGUAGCAUCAGCAGCAGCAACCAGAGAGGUCCUAUGCAGCAUAGGCCACAGAUCCAUGAUUUGCGUCCGAGGGAUGAAGGUGAUAUUGAAUUUGGGGUUGAGAAAAGAAUGCCACCACCGAUUAUAAGGACCAAAGUGCAAGGUCCUCAUCAUGGUCAUGGAGCAGGCGCAGGAGAAGAGCUUAGAGCGGGUGCAUGAUGGAACUCCAACACAACAACCCUUUCUUUAUACUUACCAAAUCAUUCUAUGUCUUUUUCUGUUCAAUCUUCUGUACUAUUUGUCUUAGAUUUUCAAAUAUCAUGUUACUUCAAAUGUUAAUUAUGUUCUCUACUUUUUUUUUUACCCCUCAGAUAUAUUUUAGUGCCAAGUGUGUAAUAUUAUAUAAUACUUUAAUACGA